AUCAUUAAAAAGAUUACCUCUCCUUGAAAAAAAACGAACAUAACCAGCUCUUUUUGCAAUAAACGCUUUACCGGUUAAUUAUUAAAUCUUCAUAUCCGGUUAUUUUUAGGUUUCAAUUUUACUUAUAGAGAGACAUCGAAGCUACCGUACGGAGAAGAAUUUCUGGUUAAUCAAACAAUUUCACUAAACCAAUGGUUUUGCUUAUAUUAAUGGUGGCGCCUACACUCUUAAAGGCGGCGAAAAUCGCCGGCGAUCGAAGAAAGCUUCACUCGCGACGAACCUUCACGGAGACGUCGAGGCUACCGCUGUCGUCUUCGAUUAGAGGAAAGCUGAUAUCCGCCGGCUACACUUCUCUGUCGUCGAUUUCAUCCACCGAUCUCGCUCGAGAGGCUGAAGCGUUUGAGAUUUUGAAGAUGGCAAAUCAAGUCACUGGAUCAAGUUCUCUCGUAAAUGUCGUCUUCCAACUUUGAGCAUCUUCCCCAAAUUUUCACCUCUUUCUGCUCUCAUGAAUUCAUCGAAUCUCGGUUCUUCCAGCAAAC